CGAUUUAGGGGUGGCCCAUUGGAUGCCGGCAUCCAUUGCUGCCUUGGUGGUUGCAGGCCUGUCCAUCGGUGGCUUGGCCUUCGCCAGUGUUCGGGCCCAGAGCAUCUUCGCCGCGGCCGCCCGGGCAGAGCUCGAGCGCUCCGCCCGCGAGCGCGCGGCCCGCGAGCUCGCCGCCCGGCGCGCCGAAGUGCGGGCGCUGCGGGGAAACGCGGCGGCGAUGACGCCCACGACUCCGGCCACCACGACGCCUUUCGAGUCGAGCCCAUCCUCAUUUGCCGAGAGCCGUGUGGGCCGCCUGCGCUUUCGCGUGCUGCUGCUGGACCACGAUGACACGACAGUGCGCGGCACAGAGGAGGUGCACUACCCAGCGCACGUGGAGAGCGUAAAGAUUUUGCGGCCCGAGUUGGACCCCGUGUCCCUGGAGGGCUGGUUCGCAAAGAACCACGACCCCGGCGUCUCUUGCUACCUGAAGUCCCUCUUCACCACCGAGCAGAUGAUGGAGGAGGAGCACAGGAUUUGGCAGAGGGCUAUGGAGGGGACGGUGCCCAGAUUCUACAGCGGAAUGGUGGAGUUGCUGCGAGAGUUCCGGGCCCGCGGCGGGCGCAUCGCGGUGGUGUCGCACAGCCCUGCAGACGUGAUCCGGCGCCACUACGAGUCCCACCCCUGGGCCGACUUCAUCCGACCCGAUUUGGUGCUGGGCUGGGACCAGGAUCCAAGCCGCCGGAAACCAGCCCCGUGGCCCGCGCUGCACGCGCUGGAGCAGUUCGGGGCGACACCUGCAGAAGCUUUGGUCGUGGACGACUUGUCGCCCGGUGUGAAGAUGGCCAAGGCGGCGGGCCUCGAGGUGGCGGCGGCGGGCUGGGGCCACUCCGUGCAACCUGUGCAGGACUACAUGCGAAAGGAGUGCCGCCACUACUUCGAAACGGUCGAGGACCUUGCAGAUUUCCUCCUCGUCGAUGACGCUGAGU